AUGCCUCAAGGAGUAAAAAUAAUCUGCUACGCAGAUGAUCUGGCUGUAUUAACCACAGCUGAAACCUCCGAAGGAAUGAUACGCAAAACCGAAGAGGCUUUAUACUAUAUAUACUUGUGGAUGAAUCAAAACCAGUUGGAAGUUGCACCAGAGAAAACAACUGCUAUUCUUCUAAACCGAAAGACAAAGAUAGGUGGUAUACAAUUUAAAGUCGGUGGGAAGUACGUUAAACCAACUAAAUACAGUGAAAUACCUCGGAAUAAUACUAGAUAUUGGGCUAACUUACAGUCAACAUGUAAAAGAUGCUUGCGGAAAAGCAAACAGAACUGUCAAAGCUAUAUGUGGACUACUUCCGAACCUAAAAGGACCGUCCUCAAAAAAAAGAAAAGUUCUUGCGGUAUCAAUGCAAAAUAUAAUUCUAUACGGCGCUCCUGUAUGGGUCGAGGCACUAAAAUUCCGACGGACGAAAAAUAUAUUGCUUUCCAACAGAGAAAAAUGGCCCUAAGGAUCUGUUCAGCGUAUCAUACGAUAUCAACAGAUGCCGUGUUGGUUAUAGCUGGACUGAUCCCGCUGCAUUUAGCAGCUGAGGAAAAGCGAGAGUUAUAUGUCAAAGCAGAGAUUAACGAUGAGGUGAAAAACUAUCAACGACGAGGUACCUAUCAAAAAUGGCAAGAGGAGUGGGAUACAUCCGACAAGAGAAGGUGGACUAGAAAGUUAAUACACAACGUGGAGGACUGGACAAGUAGGAAACACGGAGACGUGGACUAUUACAUUACGCAGUUUCUUUCCGGGCAUGGAGUCUUCAUGGACUUCUUGCACAGAAUAAAGAAAAUACGAAAUGGCAACUGCAUGUACUGCGACGAAAUCGACGAUGCCGAGCACACGUUGUUCUGUUGUCCGAGAUGGGAAAACGGAAGGUCUGCCUUAUUGUCGGAUGUAGGAAUGUUAACUUCGGACACCUUGAUUAUGAAAAUGACCAAAACUAGCGAAAUAUGGGGAAAGGUAGAGGCAUUUAUGAAAGAAAUAAUAAUAGAGAUAGGAAAAGAUGAAAAGGCAAGAAAUCCUAAAAAAAAAUAG